GUUCUUAGAGUGGUAAAACAAAACCCUCCAAAGAGCAAUUGCCCCCAAAAGAUGAAAUACGGAGUAUCAUCCAAGCCUCCAAAGGUUGGUCUCCCAAGCUAUGGAGACCCUCCGGCAACAACUGGAGCAUGCUCGGAGGACAUCGCAGGCCUCCACAUGAGUCUCCGAGCACAUGGAUAGUCGGGGAUAGACUUUGGAUAUCGCAGGAACAACACCACUGACCAACUACUAGGACACUACUUUGCUUCGAGCUGGGGGGCAGCACACCUCUACAGAUCCUUGCGAGGACCGGUAACAGCAGGAGAUGUUAGUAUGUUUCAUUUGAUUCAAUUCAAAUAUUUCAGACUCGUGAGUUGUUCUCUCAUAGCGGACUGUUUGUCUAUGACUUCAAAGGCGAUGAGUCUUGGCACGUGUGUGAUGAUUGUGUGUUUAACAAUUCAUAGUUUUCUUUCAAUUGAGAGUUUAAAUUAGCUUAUAUUUUGUAGAUUAUGACUUGAAAUGAGGUUUUCACAGACUAUCAAAGCUUCUCUGCUAUUUUGGCCAAGUUUUAUGAUGUUCAAGAUCCUAGCCCUUUCUGUCAUAAAUGAGGAUAAACGUAUGAAAUUGAACUUUAUAAAUGAGGUUUCAGAAAAAAUGCUUUAAGAGUGAUCAUUGGCAGAAACGAUAAACACAAGACCUUCAUUGGUUAUUGGAUCGAAUAGGCUGUUGGAAGAGCAUAUGGUGAUAUUGUUGCAAUUAGGAAGAUGUAUAUUUGGAGGAAAAGCGUUCUUUUGAAAGUUUCUGUUGUUAAUUUCUACUAAGAUAUCUUGGAUAUUUGAUUGUCACCAUAAUAUGGUGGCAUCUCAUCAGAAGGCGAUUGAAAGGAAGUCAAUGUUGGCUGUUGCUGAUUACCAAGGGAAUGGACUUGACAAUGGUGACCAGCCCGCAGAUAAUAAGGGCGAACAGGAUGAAGUGAGGAAGGGGGAGCUGGUGUACGGAACAGGGGGGUCCAGCCGUCCAGACUGUAGCCAUGCAUGUGGGCCAUGCUCUCCAUGCAAGAGGGUGAUGGUUAGCUUCAAGUGCGCAGCUGCUGAGUCUUGCCCCGUUGUUUACCGAUGCUCCUGCAGAGGCAAAUUCUAUCACGUUCCUUCCAAUUAAUCUACUUCCAGACUUAAUUAUUUUAUUUUAUUUUAUUUUCUCUGCAGCUUUGUAGUGUACGUUAAACUAGUAAUUAGUUGUAGCCUAUUAAUUCUCACUAUAAUUAAUUAAUUUCGUGUAGCAGUCUUUAAUUUUUAAUUUGCUCCAUAAUUUAUAUGGCAGACCACAAUUUUCCAUGUAAUAUUAGUGAACAAGAUCGAUCAACGUGUGAUUGGUGGGGUUAACCUUCGGUUUUCAAUUAACUCUUUGUCCAAGUUUAAAUGUUUAUUCAACUUAUUAGAGUGAGAGAGUUCUCUCGCUAGCAGUCCAAGGUGCGAUGAAAUUCAUGUUUGGCUGGGAUGAAGGUGGUGUUGGGAUCGAGCGCAAGGAGUUAAAGAUCCGAUUUUGGCCUGAGUGGCAGACCUGUGGUGCGGCGAUUUGGCUGAUUUCACUCCGGCCACUUUGAGGCCAGGGAAGCUGAUUGCGGCGAUUCAGGAAUGAUUCGAGGCGAAGAUGCUGAUUCAGAUGUUUGGCGAUAUGGAAAUGGAUGAGGAAGAUGCGGCUAUGGUGGCGAAAGUCACGGCUUGGGGUGCGGCGGAUGGGAGGCUAGCGCUUGAUUGGAUCAUCACUUCGGAAAAAUUGUGUUUGGGCAUUGUUGAAGUAUCAUUCACAACGGUUAUGUUGGUCCGACCUCCUCCUGAACCACCGCCAUGGAACACACGACUUGGAGUUUUGUCUGUCUGUGGAGGGUCUCAUUUAGAAGUGAUCAAGAAUAAUUGAAGUUGACAAGUAGUGAUAGGCUCGUCUAGUUUGCAUUUUAACAUUGUUUUCUUCCAGUUUGUUUUUUAUUUUGGAACCUUGGUUGUUUGGGUGUGUUGUGCUUAGGAGGCGGGUAGGUAUUUUAUGCUAAGGAGUAAGAUGGCUUCAAAAGCUGAGAUAAUCUUCAAAACUCUCAAAGGGUUAGCGACUCAAUUUGCUCUAUUUAGGGUGGUCGUUUCUAUGUCUAAUCAAAGGGUGAGGGGAUCUUCGAGUUAUGGUGAGUUUGGUAGUAGGAGGCUAUCCAUUAUUGAGAAGUUUGUAAUGUCGUUUGUUCUUGAAUUCUAAUAUAAUCAUUUAGUUUCCUUUAAGAAAAAUAAUUGGAGAGAAGAAGCGUGAGACCUGAAAACGGACGGGGCAUGGAUUGAUGCUACAAACUAUCUAUUCCACGGAUGGCACACUAUUAAAACGAGUAUGAGAAGAGGGGGUGUGCAUCCAAUAUACUCGGGGGAAUAGGUGAUUUUAAUAGGUGCCCUGGUUUGUAAUGCCAGUUCAUAUCUGCCCAUAGAUUACACGGAAGGCAUGUGUGGCCUGGGUACGAGCGGAUAUAAGAAGAGGGAAUGUCAUAUGUGCAUUCAGGGAAUAUGUGAUUGAUCCCUGGUAGGUCAUGCAUAAGGGAAGAGGGGACAUAAAACUCAAGCAAUAAGGAACGAGCUUCUUCGGAGGAGACGAGCAGUUAUAUGAUUGAAGAUUUACUCUCCAAGGGAAAGGAAGUAGCUAAUGAUCAAGAGGAAGAAUCAAGAAAGCGCAGAGUGACAUAACCGCGUAUUGACUAGAAAGAAAAUGGAUGAAUAUGACUAAAAAACAUGCUGAAUGAGGUGCUUUGUGGAAGACAUCACCUAUCUCAUAUCCUCAUCAAUGGAACUGAAUUUUUUUAGCAAGGAGGUAGCUGGGUGGCGGGAGGCAUUAUAGCGUGGGAGCGGUAUAGGGGGAGCAUCUUGCUCCUAGAGUUAUAUGAGAUGUAAAUCAUGUGGAUCAACAUGUAACUUCAGGUUAAUCAAAAUGUAAAUUACACUCAUUCAAAUGUAACUCGUUAAAUUAUAAACUGCUUAAAUUGAAAUGUAACUUGGAAACAGAUCAGAUAUAACUUGGCUAAUGUAACUUGCC